UGCUUUGGGAAGUGAUUUCUUUGACCAAAGCAACAUGGCAGAAGCAGCACAACUGAAUCCGGAGCUUUUUACAUGUCCAAUUUGUUUAGACCUUCUAAAAGUUCCAGUUACUAUUCUGUGUGGUCACAGCUACUGUAAGGGCUGUCUGAACAGUUUCUGGGAUCAGGAAGAUCCCAAGGGCGUCUACAGCUGCCCCCAGUGCAGACAGACGUUCUCUCCAAGACCUGUGUUGAACAAAAAUAACAUAUUCGCGCAGCUCGUCGAACAGUUACGGAAGACUAUAAUUCAGGAGCCCGUUGGUGUUGAUUCGGGGGGACCAGGGGAUGUGGAGUGCAACGUAUGCACUGGGAAGAACCUCGGUGCGUUCAAAUGCCUGGGGACACGGUCCGACUCGGAACCAUACAACCAACUUCAUAGAGACGCGCAGUCGGCUGUUGACGCGAUACGUCAAGGGAAGGAGAAGAUGUGUCCUCGCCACAAGCAGCUGAGGGACACUCAGAGGAGUUUCCAGCGGAGAAUUCUGGAGGGAGAGAAGGAGCUACAGGAACUGCAUGAUGUUGUGGAAACUCUCAAGAGCUCUGCACAGUCAGCGGUGGAGGACACGGAGGGCAUGUUUGCUGAGAUGAUGCGCUCCCUGGAGAGGAGGUGCUCUGAGGUGACAGAGCUGAUCAGGGCUCAGGAGGAGGCGGAGGUGAGCCGGACUGAAGCACUCCUCAAGAAGCUGGAGCAGGAGAUUGCCGAGCUGAAGAGGAGAGAUGCUGAGCUGGAGGAGCUCGCACAUUUACAGGAUGAUGUCCAUUUCCUCCAGACGUUCCCUUCCAUCAGUGCACUGCAGUCCACGUUCGUGUCCACCAUAGAGGUGUGUGAGAGCCUCUCCUUUGAGGCGGUCAAGUCGUCAGUGGCCACCUUGAAGCUGCUACUGGAGGAUGUUUUGCAGCAGGAGUCCAUCAACAUAUCAGCUGCAGUGUCUACAAGGCGAACUGUUCUUGCCGAACCAGUGACCAGAGAAGACUUCCUGCAGUACUCCUGUCCCCUAACACUGGAUUCGGAGUCGGCUUACAAACACCUGCACUGGAACGUAAAGGACAGACAGCUGGAGUGGACCAAUAAGCCAUUGUCAUGUCGUGACAAUCCAAAACGAUUUGACGUGUGGGGGCAAGUGUUGUGCACCGAGGGCGUGUUGGGCCGCGGCUACUGGGAGGUGGAGUGGAGAGGAGAGCUGGUUCACGUGGCCGUCUCCUACAACACCAUCGGCAGGAAAGGCUACGGCAACGACUGCGGCUUCGGCUUCAACGAUCAGUCGUGGAGCCUCACGCUCACCAGCUCCGGUUCCUCUUUCAAGCACAAUAACGAAGAGACAAAACUCCCCCUGGUGGCCAGCCCCAGAGUAGGGGUGUACGUUGACCAGGAGGCAGGGACUCUGGCCUUCUACAACAUCACCAGCGACGACUCCAUGACUCUCUUGCACAAAGUGCACACUGCGUUCACGCAGGACCUCUACCCCGGGUUCACCUUGGGGCCCUUCACAAGGUCAUCUGUCAAGCUGCUCUGACUUUUACUUUAGAUUACAUUACAUUGCAUUACAUAACAUAACAUGACAUGACACUUCAUGACAUUACAUUACAUUGCAUUACAUAACAUGACAUGACACUUCAUGACAUUACACUACAUAACAUUGCUUUAUAUUACACUACAUUAAUUAUAUUGUACAACAUUACAAUAGCGACUUACAAAUGAGGUGGUACACUACCCCUAGGGCUCCGGUGCUACGUACAGGAGCGAUUAUAUCCCCCAUAGAGAGAUGUCGAACGAAUUUCGACUGGAAGAGAACAUUAGGACAUGUACUGUAUAAUCAGUCCCCGGUUCUUUGAAGGAGAAUGAGGGAGGCAUCUCUCUUCAGAUCCCUUCACAUUCACAAGCUCAGAGGUUUAGUUGUGGAAAGAGGACUUGGCGCAUGCACGUCUCCGCUUUUAUACCCUCCGGGAAAGCAGCAGUUACAGGUCCUUGCAGCUGUCUUGCCUUCGGCGGUGAUUACAGAGGUGCUUCGGUGGUUGUCUCCAGUGGUGUGCACAAACAUUUGGGGGGUUAGGUGCUGAAGGGGGAAUGAGGGGUGGAAGGAUGAUGGGCAAGUGGAACUUCUGAGUGCCUUACUAGGUUAUAGAGGCUAUAUAUUAUACCGGGACAUUAUUGUCUUAUGGUUUCACGAGUUGAUUAUCAUGUCAACAGUGACCACAGUACAUUGUGACAUAAUCUUUCAAAAGGGCAUUUUUUUAUCCAGUAGGGCAAAGGGGCAGGUGCUUUAGCACCACCUCAUCCCUAUCUGUGCACGCCUAUGGUUGUCUCAUAAGAUAAGAGAUGUUGUCUCAUUCUCCUUCAGAGAACCGGGGACAUAUACAUGUCCUAAUGUUUUGUAAUGUUCUAUAUAUAAUACAAGGGUACUGUGUAGAGAAGGUCUUUGCUCAUCUCAAGGUGGAUGAUGCCGCUCAUUCCCCAUUUCUAAGGGCUCUUUCCAUUAUCCUAACUCCUGUCCUCCCAUUUUCGACAGAAGUUUUAAUUCAUUAGCUGGCAAAAGUGCAAUUCAAAGGACAUUUUAUCAUUUGCAAUGGGGAUGUUGAAUGGGAAAAUGUCCCCCAAAAGUUGUUGUGGCUAGGCUGACAACAGGGAAACAUAAUUGCUCUCUACACGGAGGUGGGGCAUCAGCAAAGCGCAAGGGUACAAGCACAGGUCGAGGACAGGAGGAUUAUGGGAAAAAAUACCUUAGACUCUGCUGCCGUACAAUUUCAGAACGCAGUACCUUAAAAAUGGUCGAAAUUGAGUUUAUACCGGGAAAUUGGCUUUAAAAUAACUUGUUUGUCUUGUGUCAAAAAAUGUUGUCAAACUUUGUCCCGUUUCAGAAAAAAACGAUAAAAACCGACUAUACUGCUCUUUUUUAUUUAAGAUGUUACCUUGUCUUCCAAGCCAAAAACGCAGUAUAUCACGUGAGAUACUGCACUUCUCCAUUGAAACCGUGGUUUGGGUGUAGGCAGCAAUACCACAACAGAACACAGCAUAUUGAUUUUUCAGCUAAAAAGUCAUGAGAAGGUUAUUUAUUUCUUUUUUUUCUUGUGUGCAUACAUUUCCACCAUAAAAAAAGUAUUAUAUGGAAGUGUCAUCAUCAUGACUUUACCUCCAACACAGUUGCGUGACCAGAAAGGAAACUUUAAAGCCUUUUUUCUCAGUUUACCAGUACGGAAAGAUACUGCGUUCUGAAAUUGUAGGGCAGUAUAGGUUAUAGCCUAGGUCUAGGUGCAUGUCAAACUACUUCCAUCUGUGCUUCCCGGUGACCUUUGCCCUUGUGAUGCAAGGCUCAGCCUAAAUGAUGAUCAAUGUCUUUAUUCAAUGUCUUGCAAAAGCACAAUUCAAAGGUCUCCCAUUUGUAGUCCGGAAUGCCGCCCCCAACAGAAAAAGAAAAUGACUGUUGCUUGAUUGACAGCACAGAAAAGUAAUCUUUUCUUUUUUUCUCCAUGGAGACAGGCCGACACCAAGACAAAGGGCCAGAAGCCUGGGAAAGGACAGUAGGUGUUAACCUGGGGGUGCGCCAGAGAUUUCAAGGGGUGCGCGGAAUUUUGUUUGUGUUGAGGUUGUGACCAAAAUUCUGCUAGUGAACAUUAUAACUAGGUCAAAUCAAAACCAAAUUAAAACCUGUUUCGGUCCCCAAGUCAAGACAUUAAGGUAUUGAUUAAUGUCUCAAGAAAAAAAGCAUUGUAAUUAAUCACUUAAAUCAGUUUUUUUGUGCGUACACGUGUAGACGUUCGGGAUGGGGGUGCGUGGCUUGUCUUGGGCACAGGUAAGGGGGUGCUUUAAGAAAAAAAGGUUAAGAACCACUGUGUUAGUUUGUCUUUCAUUAUUAUUACAUUACACUUACAUGUAGCUGACACCUUU